AUGAAAUUUCUCCUUUUCCUUCACAGGAACCAAAUGCAAGUUGAAAGAAACCAGAGCGCUGGAUUCAUCUUUGUCUUUUUGGGAUUCUCAGAAUUUCCCACCCUCCAGGUGCCUCUCUUCCUGGUGUUCCUGACCAUCUACACUGCUUGUGUGUUGGAAAACCUAGGUCUGAUUUUGAUCAUCAAGAUGAAUCCCAAACUCCACACACCCAUGUACUUUUUUCUCAGCCAUCUGUCCUUCAUUGACUUUUGCUAUUCCACUGUCAUUGCACCAAAGUUGUUAGACUUCAUGAUAACCGAAGACAGGUCCAUGUCUUUUAAAGGAUGCAUAGUACAGUUUUUCUUUGGCUGUACCUGCGUCAUUACCCAAACAUUUAUGUUGGCGGUGAUGGCUUAUGACAGGUUUGUGGCUGUCUGUAACCCUCUGCUCUACACAGUUACCAUGUCUCGUAAGCUCUGUGCAAUCCUGGUAGCUGGAAGUUAUGCGUGGGCUGGAAUAUGUUCCUCCACACUCACCUAUUUCCUAUUGGUGCUGUCUUACUGUGGGUCUGGUGUUGUCAAUCACUUUUGCUGUGAGUACUCUGCCAUCCUUUCUGCAGCCUGCUCUGAUUCCUCCCUCAGCCAGCUGGCAUGCUUGCUUAUCUGUACCUUCAAUGAGGCCUGCAGCCUUCUGAUCAUCAUUAUUUCCUACACGGUCAUAUUUGUAACUGUCAUCAAGAUCCCUACUAAGGGGGCCUUCAAGAAAGCUUUAUCUACUUGCGCCUCCCAUCUCACAGCCAUCUGCUUCUGUCACGGCAUCAUCCUCUUGCUCUAUUGUGUGCUUAAGUCCAGAAGCUCAUUGCUUUUGGUCAAAGUGGCCACUGUGUUUUACAGCAUGGUGGUUCCCAUGCUCAACCCCAUCAUCUACAGUCUCAGAAAUAAGGAGGUGAAAGAAAGCAUCAGCAAGUUAACCCGCCUCAGAAUCCUUUCUCACUCAUUAUAG